UCUGUGCUGAUCUGUGGAUGAGCUGCGGCGUCCAGAAAAAAAAAAAAAAAAGAAAAGAUAAUCAGUAUAUGAUAACCUAUGAUUGACGCAAACUAAGUUACAAACUCAACCAGCUAAAUAGAUACUGACAAACCAAAGUGACGAAUAGAUGAAGUCGGAGAGAAGCCGUACACUUGUUUAGUGAUUUCCAUUCAUCUUUGCGUGUUUGCUCAGCAAUACAUCACGAACAGCAGGCUAGUUAGCUACAUGAUGAUGGCCAGCUGAACAUUAUUUUGCCUUCAGCAUUUAUUAUUAUUAUUAAGCUCACUUCUGUACCGUCGUGGGGUGGGAUCUUUAUCUUCAUAACCAUGCUUUCGUGCUUUAAACGUUGCCUUUUCAUACAUAUUUUCCACGUGCCCUCCUAAGCUUGUAAUUGUCUGCUCUGAGCUGCUUGUGCGCCGUGAGCUACCAAGCUAAGCUAACAGUAUAGGAAUAGUGUGUGCAUGGGCCAAACCCCAUUCACACAUUAGCUUGCUGCUAACCAGCCACUGGAUCUCUUACAAGUUUGGACCAGAAACAGGAGAGUUUUCUAGAAGCAUACACAGUGCAGGCCGAAGAAGCAGAAUGUUGAUUUGCAGAAAGCGACGGAUCGUUUCCUUAGGCACUGAUCGAGAGCUAUAUUGAUCCUAAAGAGCAACGCAAGAAGCCUCAAUCCGUCUAUAUACGCUACAAAAUGAGCUCAAAGUGAACUGAGACAUUGGCCUGCUUCGGGUAACAGGGCCACUGGCUUUCAACGAUGUAGCUCUGUAAACUACGUGCAAUUUUGCGGCGUAUGUACGAGGACAAUAACGAUGAACAAUCAAGGAAUGAGGUCACAAGAGAAGAUGGAGCUGGACCUAGACAUCUCGUCGUCACUUGUUACGAGCGAUGGGCAGCUGAGACGAUCGAACAGCGAACCGAUGAUAAACGGCCUGAGUGACGCUUCACAGGUGUACCAGAGAGAGGUUCUCCGAAGCAGAAGAAACAGUACAACGGUUGUUCGACCCAAUAUGGUUCCAUCUUCGCCAGUACGUGUACCAAGCACAAGACUGCAACGGAUCAAACAGGAAGAGGGUGUUGAUGUGAUGAAUCGAGAAACUGCCCAUGAGCGAGAGGUGCAGGCAGCCAUGCAGAUAAGCCAGUCUUGGGAGGAGAGUCUUAGUCUGAGUGAUAAUGAUCUUGAGAAAUCUUCCUCAUCUCCAAAGCGGAUCGAUUUUGUGCCUGUGUCCCCUGCUCCUUCACCCACCAGAGGGAUUGGGAAAAAGCAGUGCUUCUCUCCCUCUCUGCAAAUCCUGGUGAGCAGUAACGGUCUGACACCCAGUCCUGUUCCCAGCCCAACACGCCGCUUCAGCAGGAGGAGUCAGAGCCCAAUCAACUGCAUCAGGCCCAGCAUUCUGGGCCCUCUUAAACGCAAAGGGGAAAUGGAGACGGAAAGCCAGCCCAAAAGGCUCUUUCAGGGAACCACCAACAUGCUCUCCACAGAAGUGUCCCACCUGCCGGAACUUAACACCUGUCUCUCUCCAGAUCUUCUGGAUGGAAGUCUCAGUAGUGUUGGCUCGUCCUCGGACUCACCUGCCAAGAUGGAAGGAGUGUCGUCCUCCUCCAGUAACUCUCCCCUCACACCCCUCCAAGAUUUCUCUCCUAAGUGAGCCACUGAGCAUCAGGGACACGAUAGGAGAGGAUGGAGAAUUAGGACUGCUGCUCGGGCCUUCUUCUAGUCUUUUCAGUUUCUUUUCCAAUGCCUUCCCAACAUGCCUUUUGUUCUCAUCCUGAACUGGCCUGUUAUCUGCUUGCCAGUGGAUAAAGUAGGUGUUUGCAUUAAAGGAAAACAGACCCUCAUUGGGACAGACCCUAAAGGUGAUGUAUAAGCAUUGAGAGACUGUGGAUGCUUUUGAAUCAGCUGCUAUAAAUGGAUUUAAAACAUGGUGUAUAGAUUUGUAUCAAAGUGAACAGCAUUACAGCAUCCAGCCCAUCUGAAAUACUUAAUUACUGUAGUUGUCUUAGAUGAGAGGAAUGCCACAGCAAGGAAACUGAAUGGGUCUUGAAUUUUUCUUUUUAUUUUCCUCAAGACAAUUAACUUGUUUGAUAAGGUUUUGAAAAAACCGCUGUAAACAGGAUAACAACUACAGGCCUGUUCUUUUAUUUACAAUCACAACUUGCCAACUGGUAUUGUGUGUUAGAAUUAACUUAUUUUUGCUUCUCUUUUAUUUGUAUGUAUGUACAUAAGAUUUAAUCCUCCUAAGUCAUCCUGUAAUAAUUGGUGGUGAAACGUGCAGAGGUAAAGUGAAGAGCAAACUGACCGCUGCCUCUUCUAGAGUUCUAUUAGCAGUGCAGCUGCACAUUAAAGGGGCAAUAAAAAUGUAUUGGCUUUGUUCGGAAUGUGAUUGUAAAAUCUGAUUUAAUUGUUUUCAUUUGUGAAUUGAAAGAGUAGCGUUUUGUUCUACAAACCGCAGUGUAAAUCUUUUUUUCUGAAUGUCUUUGCAAACCACAGUACGUGGUGUCAUGUUGAUGAGUUAAGUGUGUUUGUUGUUUACUUGCUGAUUUUGUUUUUGUCCUGUGGACUCUUAAUUAUUUUACGCUGUCCUGUUGUCUCAACAAACAGUACUUUGAAAAGCCUCUGCAUGUGAAGUUUGUUGAGGAAGAUCGGAGUGCUUUCAUGAACAAGUAGUUGUACUCCGCUCUCCCUGAACAAAAAAAAAAUCUUCCUUUCAUCAUAUCUGAGAUUUCCAGAUGUCAGAAAUAAAUUAUUUGUCCAGCUAUUGCCUUUUUUUGAGACAUCGGUUUUAUUGGAAUACCAGCCAGAGAUCUGUGUUCUCCCACUGUGGUUAUUGUCUUUAAAGACACAAUGAUCAGGAUAGUUUUAAAAUCUAGACCUAGAUUUAUACUGAAGCAUUUCAUUUUCAGUUUAUUGCUAAAUCAAACUGCUGCCUGACUAAAGGGAACAGAGGCUUUAAAAUAUCUCACCUUUGGUCUGCUGUACCAAAUGUUACAAAGUUUAAAACAAGACUAAUGAAACAAUUAAUGUACAGAGAAAAUUUUGUUAUAGGUUAUUCCCCCAGCUGGCCUAUUGACUAGAGUUUUAGACUAACAAGCAACAACAAGAGAAGACAGCCUGACAAGAUAUGGAAAAUGUUGAUUGCAUUGCUGUUCUGAUUACAAUAUACAAGAAUUACACUAAUUUAUUUGGAAGACAUAUCUACUUCUAAAGUGUUUUAUCACACUGCAAUGUUAAAGGGAUAGUUCACCCAAAAAUUAAAAUUCUCUCAUUUACUGUUACGUCACCCUCAUGCCAUCCCAGAUAAGUAUGACUUUCUUCAGCAGAACACAAUAAUGUAUAUGUAAAAAUAUAUAUCUCAGCUCUGUAGGUCCAUACAAUGCAAGUGAAUGGUGAUUAGACUUUUGUAGCUCCAAAAAUCACAAAGGAAAUAGAAAUAAUUCAUAAGAAUCCAGUGUUUAAUUCCAUAUACUCAGAAGCAACAUAAUAGGUGUGGGUGAGAAACAGAUGUGAAAGUGAAACUAAACCGGGACAUGACUUUCAGAUGUAAAAUUGAAAGUGGAGAUUGAGUAAAAAAAAAAAAAAAAAGACUUAAAUUUUGAUUUGUUUCUCACCCACACCUAUUAUAUUGUUUCUCAACAUAUGGAUUUAAACACUGGAGUGUUAUGGAUUACUUCUGCAGAGGUCUGGCCACCAUUCACUUGCAUUGUAUAGACCUACAAGCUGAGAUAUUCUUCUAAAAAUCUUUGUCUUCUGCUGAAGAAAGUCAUACACAUCUGGAAUGGCAUGAGGGUGAAAGUAAAUGAGAGAAUUUUAAAUUUUGCAUGAACUAUCCCUUUAAAUAUUGCUUCUAAAGCCAACUUAAAUCUGAUUCAGAAACUUUCAGAAAUAUUUAAUGUUGCAAAUAAUACUAACACAUGACUUUCUAGGAAAUGCCUUUUAAAAAUCAACUUGGUUUAUUUGAUGUGGAUAUCUAUAAAGAUAAUGUGCACAAGAUUUAAGCAGUGGACAAAUAUAAGAGCAAUUCAAAAAACAAGGGUGUCAAGAUGUGAGAAUCUUCCCUUGUGGCAAACUAUGCAUGUUCAUUUAUCAAACACAAAAAGCAAUUCACAGACACACAGAAUAUGACGCAAGACAACACAUUUAAUUUAAUGUACUCAUGUUCUUCUACACCCCCUCCCACCUAACAAGAUAGUCAGCUGGGCCCAGUUGGCAGCUCAGUCAUUUUUCCAUCGAUAAACACAAUACGCCCAACCCCCACCCAUGGAUCUUUGCGUCUUCAUUGUUUCGGUAUGUUUGAGACGUCAUUUAAAAAGUUAGUUCCUGUUUAGAGGAAGUUUCUCAGACAUGUUUCCCUGUCCUCAGAACACUCCUGGCUGAGAUAAGUCCAUAUCUCCCCUCUUCAUCAUCUUAGUUCCAUUUUCAUUCAGCAAGGUCAAUUUGAAGAGCACUUCAAGUGCGUAGAAUAACCAUUGUAAGAAGACCU